AUGGCCCCUCAGGCGUACGACCCCGAGGAGGCCACCUCCCAGCUCUCCGGUAACUUGAGCUCCACCCUCUCGAGAGCAGACUCCUUGAAGAUGGUGAGAACAGAAACGGCAAGAUCCUUGAAAGACAAGGGUCUGAACAAAACAGUCACCUUGGCAGACCCAGUCAGACCAACGAACGUCGACAACCCAAUCUUCCCGGAAGAGUAUACCAUGGAAACAGAAACAGGUUUGGUCCCUGUGGAAACCUUGCAUGAGAUCGGUAGAUCCAGAGCGGCGAGCAGAAUGCUCACCAGAAAAUCAACCCGUCGUUCCGAAGCGUCUAAGCCAUCGAAUCAAGAAGGCUACGACAAACCUUUCGACCCGGAAAUCCAAUUCGUCACCUUCACAAUAAAUGACCCGGCAAACCCUCACAACUGGAGCCCCAAGGCCAGAUGGUUCUAUACCAUUGUGCUUUCCCUGAUGGUGGUCUGUGUCGCCUUUGGCUCCUCCAUUGUCACCGGUGCGUUGGGCCUAAUGAGUGAAAAGUACCAUGUCAGUUUGGAAGUCUCGAUUCUUUCCUGUUCCUUGAUGGUUUUGGGCUUUUCCGUCGGACCCCUUCUUUGGUCUCCUCUAUCAGAACAGAUCGGUAGAAGGCCCGUCUACUUCAUCUCCUUCGGUCUAUACUUUAUCUUCAACAUUCCAUGUGCCGUCGCACCAAAUAUCGGUACCAUCUUGGUCUGUCGUUUCCUAUGUGGUGUCUUUGCCGCGUCAGGGUUGGCCAACGUUGGUGGUUCCAUUUCCGAUAUGUUCCCUACCGAAACCAGAGGAAAGGCAAUUGCCUACUUUGCCGCUGCUCCUUAUGGUGGACCCGUCAUUGGCCCAUUGGUUGGUGGUUUCAUUUCAAGAUACGAUGGUAGAAUCUCACUUGUCUUCUGGGUCAACUUUGCGUUUGCAGGUCUGAUGUGGAUAGUCGGUUCGGCUAUUCCAGAAACUUAUGCUCCUGUCAUCUUGAAGAAGAGAGCCAAGAAGUUGAGAAAAGACACGGGCAACCCAAAGAUUAUGACAGAACAAGAAGCUGCAGGUCUGUCCUUGAAAGAAUUGAUUGAAACUUGUCUCUACAGACCUUUGAAAUUUGCCAUGACUGAAUUAGUUCUAGACUUGAUGUGUUUCUACGUCUGUUUGAUUUACUCCCUAUUGUACGCAUUCUUCUUUGCAUACCCUGUUGUCUUUGGUGAAUUAUACAAUUUCGGUGAUGACUUGGUUGGUAUGGUUUUGAUCCCUAUAAUUAUCGGUGCAGGUUUGGCUCUAUUAACCACUCCUAUCAUUGAAUCUUACUACCUGAAGACAUGUCAACGCCGCCAGGCAACUCCUGAAGAUCGUCUCAUUGGUGCCAUGAUUGGCGCUCCAUUCCCUGCCAUUGCACUUUGGAUUCUAGGUGCCACCUCGGAGAAGCACGUUUUCUGGGUCGGUCCUGCCUCCUCCGGUUUGGCUUUCGGUUACGGUAUGGUCUUGAUCUACUAUUCCUUGAACAACUACAUCAUUGAUACCUACGCCAAAUAUGCAGCUUCCGCAUUGGCCACCAAGGUCUUCUUGAGAUCUGCCGGUGGUGCUGCCUUCCCAUUGUUUACCAUGCAAAUGUAUCACAAAUUAGGAUUGCACUGGGCUUCUUGGCUCUUGGCUUUCAUCACUACUGCGAUGAUUGCGCUACCUUUUGCCUUUUACAAGUGGGGUAAAGGUUUGAGAAAGAAGUUUUGUCGUGAAAACUAUUCUGCAUUUGACGACGAUGACGAUGAUGAAGAUGAAAAUUCAACCGACGGUAAGCAGGAAUAA